CCUCAAUAUUUCUGAGGCUAUCCCCGUAGAAUAUGCACAUCUAUUUAUCUAUCUAUGCUCGCGCAUGUGUUUGCAUGUGUGCAAAAAACUUUAACUUUUGUAAACAUUGGAUAGAGGAUCAUAAAGACAGUUUUUUAUCAAAGGUUGUUAAAACUGUGUUGAAUGCCAUUAGAUUUGUGCUCGUAAAAAUGGAGAAAUGCUUCAAAUAAAUUACAGACAUUAGGAAAAACAAACAUUAUUGUAGCUGCUCUCUGUGCUAUAACUACCACCUUCCUUCUGUCCAUCUUGUGUAUAUGGUAUUUCGGAGUAUAUCAAAAAGUAGCUUGCGUGCUCUUGCUACAUGGAAAUUAGAUAAUUAGAAUGUAAACAAAUGGGGCCAGUUCGUGUUGUUAAGGCUUGAUUUAUUUGAUACAGAAAAGAGCAUGGAGAAAUCAAUAAUACCGUCUAGGUUUUCGAAUCACCACCCUAUAAUUCCAAAGAAUUAUACUCCUGCUUGGAAAUUAGACAUGGUAAACAGAGAAAGAAUUGUGGAAAACGCAAAGCUUGGAAAUAUCCCACAAAACGGUGUGCAGACAACCCUGUACUUAGAAAAGAGAGAAAGACUAAGUCAGUCAGAAUCAAGAGAAUCUAUUAUGAAAAGGACAGACGAGAUAUCUAGAAAUCGAAUUCUACGACCUUGGUUUCAUUCACCUUUAUCAAAGUAUCAAAGUACAUUGAUGUUUCGUUGUCCAGAAAAAUAAAAACGUUUUUAUAUAUAGCUUUUAUAUAUAGCUAAAUAAAUUAUUUUGCUAAACACACUUUUUAGGAGUGAUGCAGGAACAGUAACAUAUCUUAUUGUGAAUUAUGCUUAAAAUUAGUUUAGUAAAAUUAAUUUAAUAAUGCAUGACACAACUCGAUUAAAUUGUCAUUUAUAUAUAAAAUUUUCAACUCAUUUUGUAUAUAGCUAGCUAGCCUGUAGCUACAUAACCUAUUUAGGUGUGUGCUCAUCUGUCAUACCAAUUGUGUAAAUAAAUUAAAAUGUUAAAAACAAAUCUUUUAAGAUAUGAUAAAAAUAAAACGUUUAAAUUUUAUUUGCUUCAUUUAAGGUUGUGGAUUGCUUGUUAAGAUAUCGGUUGCUAAAUGUUUCAAAUUUUUAGCCUGGCUGUUUAGCAUUUGUUUAGACCUUAUCCCAAACUUAUAAUAUGGUUUAAAUUUUCUUGUGACUGUGUUCAUAUAUAUAUACAUAACAGUGUUGAUUGUUUAUAGUGACAACAUAUGUUGAUGAUCUCCCUUUACUUAUUAAUAAACAGUUAUGUUUUUUUUGUAUGAAAUGUAUGACUGUAAAAAUAAAGUUUGAUGAAUCAUCUUUCAUUGAAAUCCUACAUUUUCAUAUAAAAAGAUGUGCUAAUAUUGUGGAAAUUAAUAUUACAUUUUGAGGAAAAUAAUAAUAAUUAUUUUUUUUAAUAAUAUGAAAACUGUAUAUCUUAUUUUGUCCUUUUUUAGUCAUACUGCGAGACAACAUGAUAUGAAUGUUGGUUUUGGCAGCAAAAUUUCAUUGCCUUAACACUUCUUAGUUGUAACAAUUGACCAAACACAUUAUAUUAUUGAUUAUAUAGAUAAAUUGAAAGAUAGAUCUCCAUUACUAUUCGGAAAAGUGUCGCAUUCAAAACGUGGUUUUCGUAGGUUCUCAACUUCGCUUACAAAAAUUCACAUUUUAGAUAACAAAAUCGCAUAUAAUAUAAAUACAAUUUUAUUUUAUUUUAGAGAUAUACGAAGAAUGAUGCACCUGAAGUCAACUUAUUGUACCUAAUAUAUUCGCAGCAUCGAAAUUUGCCACUCCCUCCCCCGCAAACCUAUUUUAAUUUAUUUCUAUUUUCUCAGAUGUUCCUGACCGUGAAUUUUAAUUGCCCUGCUGUCCAAAUCUAAAGCCACUUCAAAAAUCUUUGUGUAGAAGGUGUUGUACAACUUCGUCCUUAGGGUAUUUUCAUUUAGGAUGCAUUAGCCCCCUUGUGAUAAUGGCUCUACAAAGAAAAACCUGGGCACAAGAAUGGCUGCUGUGUGGACAGCUGCUAGCGAUAAAAUUGAUUUAGUAUAGUCUAUAAAAAGUGUCAGUGUAAUUCAAUUUCAAUCAUCAUAAGUCAUCCUUCAAAAAAUCGAAAUGAUACAUUUGCCAGCUUUCGGAGUUCUAGUUGUGUUAUGCUUGAUAGGGGGUUCAGAUGGUGCAUUGCCAUCAAAUUGUACAGUCAUGCAGGAUGUAAAUGGUUGCAGCAUACCGUUUGGAUUACCAUUCCCAUAUAAGACUUUGUUUACAUUGUCGUGUUAUGCACACGAUGUCUGCUACCGUUGUGGUCAAAAAUAUAGCUGGACCCAAAAACAAUGUGACGACUCUUUUAAAAAGGAAAUGCACCGGUUAUGUGAAGAUAAAUACUCCGUUUACCUCAAUAACCACAAAAGCAGCUUAUUUAUGAACCUGGGAGAGAUAUAUAAAAAAAUCUACAACGGUUGGAAAAAAGCGACGGAAAACAAAUCUUCUAAAGAGGAAGCGAAACGACUUUGGAGAGAAGCAUAUACUUUAUUUAAGAUGAUAACAAAGUGGACAUUUAUUUUCAACGAUGAAAAGAAGUGUAAGCAUGGUGCGGACAUAUACCAUCAUGCUGUCAAAUCUUUUGGUAUAUAUGCCUUUCGACAAAAGUCAAAGGCGCACUGCUCGGAAAAAUGUGCUGAAACAAUCGGAAAGCCUUAAAUCGAAUCAUGUAGUGAUUAACCUUUGAUUUUAAUAUAAUGAUAAAAAUAAAGCACAUUACUUUAGCUCAAACAUCCUAUAUACAGCCCCUAAUAUUUUUUUGUACUCCGUCAAAAAGUGGAAAGAAAAAAAAAUUACGAAUGUAGAAGGUAAAACACAUGCGGAGUGUCAAGAUACCAUACGUGGUACUAAUUUUAAAUACAAACAAAUAUUUAUGGCAACAUAAGGCAUCUUAAAGUAUGAAGCAAAUCAGUGAAAUCAGUAAAUAAAGGGUGGGAUUAUAAACAACAAAAGUUUUGCAGACAUUAUGCUCGUCUCAUACAAAAACAAGUUGCGCUGUAGCACUAAAGAUCGCUAUCCACUACGGCGUUUAUGUUUGUAGCUUUCAUCGUUUUGUAUCGGGACAUGAUUUUUUUGUUUUGUUUUUUCCGCAACGGCAAUAUUUUGACGGCUCUUGUACAUUAAGACAAGACAAGACAAACCUCUAAGCGUUUGCAGACAUAUUUUUUAACUACCAAUAAAAAUUUAGUAACCGCUUCCAUCCUGAAUUUAACAAAUAUUGAGCAUACUGAGCCCCGUCUUUUCAGCUGCGAGAGCUGCAGCAACAAAUUGUUUCACAAAAUGCAGCUAAAAUUUAAUUUCGAUUCGCGCACCAGUCUAACUUAGCAAGCAAACACUAGUAUGUGAUCUUCCCAAGUAGAUAGUCACGAAAUCACGCAACAGUCGACGCUCUAAAAC